AUGGAUGUUCAUAGAAUUAAACAAGAAAAUGAAUUACGGAUGCAGCCCCCUCCAGGGUUCGCACCAAGGUUCUCUAAUGGCCAAGGAAAUGCACAAGGAACUUCCGCAGGAAUUUGUAAUGACUAUGACAGGUUUCACUCUCGUACUGUGGGGUUGCAAGAAAAUAUCAAUCCGCAAGAUGAAAAGGCUGACAGAUGCAAUAAGAAUGCAAAGGAAGUAGCAGCAGAUGAUGAUGACCUCGGUGAACAAGGACCUGAAACAGAUUCUAGAAUCAUUGAACUUGCCGAUCCAGAGUUUUAUGACUUCGACAGGGAUAGGACCGAAGAAUGUUUAGCAGCUGAUCAGAUAUGGGCCAUUCAUGACGAUUUAGAUGCAAUGCCCAGACUCUAUGCUCUUAUCAGAAAGGUUUAUACACCUUUUGAGGUGAAGAUCAUUUGGUUAGACUUUGUUUCAGAUGACCGAGAUGAGACAGCUUGCGACACUAGUGAGUUGCCUAUUGCUUGUGGGAAAUUUGAACAUGGUGAUACUGAUACCCUUGAAGUUAUAGGUGCAUUUUCUCAUAGGAUUGUUUGCGAGAAAGAUGGUAGAAAUACUUAUAAGAUCUAUCUUAGGAAAGGUGAAAUUUGGGCAUUAUGGAACACCACUUGGAACUCUGACUCGAACAACCACCGGCCGAACGAGUAUGAAUUUGUGGAGGUCCUGUCAGAUUAUACCCAGGAUACGGGGAUUUCAGUUGCCUACCUGGUCAAGAUAAGAGGUUUUGUGUGCUUGUUCAAGCCGGUUACCAUGAACGAUAGCAUGGCUAUAAUCCAGAUACCGUCUGAUGAACUUCUCAGAUUCUCGCAAAUGGUUCCAUCAUUUAGAACGACAGGUAAAGAACGUGAAGAUGUCCCUGAAGGUUAUUUUGAGCUUGAUCCUGCUUCCCUUCCGAGUAUCCUUCACGAAGUUCCAGACAAUGUCGUUGUUGCUGAGCGCAUUCCUACUUCAGUACCUUCUUCGACUACAAAGCCUUGUGAAGAUCCAGAGUCCGAAUUUUAUGUCUUUGGCGUCGACAAAUCUCAUGACAAAUUUCAAACUGAUCAGGUAUGGGCUCUGUAUGACGAGUUGCACAGCUUGCCCAAGUACUAUGCUCGGAUAAACAAGGUUGAAUCAUACCCAAAGUUCAAAGUGCACAUUCAAUGGCUUGAAGCAUGCACCCCACCAAAGGGUGUGAUCCAGUGGCUUGACAAUAAAAUGCCCACAUGCUGUGGAAUUUUUUCUAGUGGUGAGACAAUGGAGUUUUAUGAAACUGCUCGUUUCUCUCAUCUUGCGAAAGGAGCGGUUGCUAGGACGAGAAACAAGUACGAAAUCUAUCCAAGGAAAGGCGAAGUCUGGGCAAUAUUCAGAGAGUUCAGUUCAAAUUGUCUUCUUCUGACCUCCAAACGUGCCAGUAUGAAAUAG